GCAAGCCAAGUAAUAAAUAAUAAUAAAUUAAGUUACACAAACUGUGUGAGAACCUGCGGCAACGACCAUGAGACUGGCUUUGAUACUGGGCACCCUGAGUGCUCUGCUGUGCCUGGCCAGCGGCUUGAGCACAUCAGAGACUAGCGGCUCCAAGGGCAGUGGCUUUCCCAAGAAGGUGACCACGCUGAAGAAGCGACCCACCAAGACGCCACUCUCAACCAGCAGCAUCAGUAGCAGCAGCAGUAGCAUUAGCAGCUCUCCAUCCACCACCAAGCCCAGCAAGCCGCGUGUCAAGAUUGUCAAGACCACAGGCAACAGGAGCAGCAAAAAGUCCUCUGCUCCUGUUCCCGCUCCAGCCUUGAGCGAAUCCUUUGGCAAUCUGCCCGCCGAUGAUCUGGAGUUUAUCAAAGAACUGGACAAGCAGUUCAAGCUGCAUGGCGACAAGAUCAAGAUCAAGGUGGAGCGAGACAACUCCACCAGCAGCGGUGGCAGCAAGAACAGCAAGAGGACCAUUGAAGGGGAUUUGGGUUAUGGCUACUCGCAUCCUGGCUAUGAUUAUACGCCGCCCAAGUUCAUGUUUUAUCCUUACUCCCAGCACGAUAUACCCUCGGGCUUUGCCCACCCCACGCCCCUGCCCGAGGAGCAGGCGGAGCCCCAGCAGGAAGAGUUGCCACAGCAGCCCCAGCAUCAACAACAUCAUCAUCAUCAUGAGCACGAAGUGACCAGCGUGACCAUAGAGCCUUCCUACUCCUACGAACUGAAGCCACAAACCAGCUAUGAGCCACAGCACACAGCUCCAGAGCAGCCGCAAAUAGAUUUGCCUCAAGAUGAGGCCGAGGUACAAGGACAAGGACACCAUCAGCCGUCGGGUGGUGGCUAUCAGGAGCCAGUGAUUGUAUUGAGAAUACCAGGACCCGCCAAAUAUGCCGCCCAUUUGCAGACUUUACUUCAGCAGUAUUUGGAAAUACGGGCAGCUCAGUAUUUGAGUCUGCUGCAGGAGGCAGAGCAGCAGCAGCAACAGCAGCAUCAGCAGCCACAGCAUGUGCCAGAACCCCAGCAAUAUGGACAGCCAGAGCCGGCUAGCUACCAUCAGGAUGUCAGCUAUGCCCACCAGUUGGCGCCCACGCCUGCGCCAGUGCAAUAUGCCCCGAUAGAUGAUGUCUACCAGAGCUACAAGGGAAGACACCAUCAACAGCAGCAUCAGCAACAGCAGCAUCAGCAGCAACUCCAGCUGCAUCUCCACCAGCCACAACAGCAUCACUAUGAACCUCAGCAGCAGUACUAUGCUCCCAUGGAGUACCAGCAGCCCACACAGUUCUACUAUGCCCAGCCCCAAUCGCAUCUGCAGCAGCAGCCGCAACUCUACCUGAUAGCCAUGGCCCAGCCAGAGCCGGAAGAGCAUCACCAUCAGCAUCAGCAUCAACAGCAGCAGCAGCAGCAGCAGCCAAUCUAUGUCCCAGAAUCGGAGGCACCAUCGGCUCCUGAGCAGGAACCCGAGCCAGAGCACAGUCUGCCCAUCACAGAGAACAAUCCCAGGCCCACGCACACCAAGGUCAUCUUUAACCCCUAUCCAUACCAUCAGCAGCAGCAGCAGCAACAGCAGCAGCAGCAGCAGCAUCAUCACCAUCAGCACUUGCCAGAGCCGGAACAGGAGCCCCAUGAGGCAGGAGCUGACCUGGAGCCGCCACCGCCGCCAGAGGGAGAGCGUCCCUUUAACUAUCAUGCCCACUCGCAUAGCCAUGGUCUGAAGAUGCGUCAGGGUAAGAGGGCAGCCAAGGCAGAGCCAGGACCAGCACCAGCACCUGCACCAGCGCCAGCAGCGAUGGCGGAUGCAAUGCAUCCCGGGGACAAGAGACUGCAGCAGAUCAGGGAGUAUGUGAGGGAGAAGCUGGGCGCUGAAAUGGGUUCGGCUGUGGAGUAUAAGACGACGCAGCUGCUGGAGGGCUGAUCCUCUAAAGGAGAUGAGGGAAUGGUGACUGACUAGAGGGUACACUGAGUUAAGGGAUGGAUUAUUGAGUUU